CCGGGCGCCGCUUAAGCCUCACUCACACUCGUUUCGAUCUGUUCCUGGUUGUUCACAUAUUUUGCGGCGUGCCAACGGUGCUUAACAAUACGCAAACGCACAUCUACGAACAAGUGCCCGCGGUGGCGUGAAACUGCCUUAGAACUCUACCGACACUGCUUACUGCAGCCCAGAAGAGCAGCGCAUCUCGUUCCUUUCCUUGCGUGCUCUACUCCAUGAAAAUAUUGCUCGCUGCCAUUUCCAAAAGUAAGUAUGCGAAUGCGCAACUCAUUCUGUCAUUAUCUUUGAUUAUCCUCACCAUGGCGCCCAGCACUCUGGAAGUGACUACUUCGGAGGAGGCCCACAAGAUGGCCAGCCUCCUCGUGCAAGAUUGGCAGGACGGGGAAAAGCCGAAAGUCACGGCCGAGGAGAAGAAAUUGAACGAUUUGAAGACGGCCGAGGUGCGGAAAGACGACCGGGGGAUCAUGAAGGUAUGAAAAGUGAGAUAUUUGACGAGAAAAAUAUAUGUCGGCUCAUCGGUAUUGGUAUUGCAAAAACAAAAAGCAAAAUGGUAUAUACACAUGAAGCCGCUUACUUUCAUCAUUCAGCACGACCAAAAAAACAACUGCAACGAAAACGCUUUUUCCAGGUAUCCGAGAUCGACUACGGCAAGCACGAGAAGUUGGCAAAGGAGAUCGAGAAGCAGGAAGAAAUUGAGAAGCUGGAAGAAAAAACGAAGUUCGCGCGGGACAACAUUCCCCCGGGCUCCUGCGCACACGACCACCAAAAGGAGAUCGCGAUCUACGAAAAACCGACAGAGGAAAAAAUUGCGGCCGCCGACAGUUUCCGGGUGCAGGGAAAUGAAGCCUUCAAGGAGAAGAACUACGGCAAGGCGAGCGUGUUUUACCGGAAGGCGCUGCUGUACUUCGACUACUCGUUUCCGGACACGGAGGAACAGGAGCAGGAACUGGACCGGAUCAAGUUAGCGGUGCACCUGAACAUGGCGGCGUGCAAAAUGCAGUUGGAGGAGUGGAAGGAGGUACAAUUCUGGAACUUUAUCGUAUAGGAAAAUGAACUGCUUCACUAGAGUAAACUUCUGAUGCAGAAAAUGUAUGACAGAAUCGUUUCUCUUGUUGCUAGGUUCAUAUGCAAGCCUGUGGAUUUUAGGGUGUUUUUCCGCUUGGAGGCGCGCAUGAUAUUUUUUUUCAUUUGAUGGAAAACAAAACAAACUUGUGAUGAUGCAGUUUCACAAUAAUCACCUCUACUCAGGUCCUCAUCCAGUGCAACCAGGCCCUGUUGAUCGACCCGAACAGCGUCAAAGCCUAUUUCCGCCGCGCCUCCGCCUACCUCGCCACCGACAAUUUUGAGAACGCGGAGGUCGCUGUUUCCCACGCGGAAAAAUUAGAACCGGGGAACGCAGACGUGCGGGCUCUGCGGGUGCGGUUGGUGGAAAAGAAGAAAGAGUACAAAGCGAAAGGAGCGGAGAUGGCGAAGAAACAGAUCGGCAUGAAAAAUCAGAAUGUGAACUCCGCGGAGGAAAUAAAACAAGCUAAACAGGAUAUUUCUUCCGAAGACAACAAGAAGGAAACUUACUUCGUCGAGGGGACGCACCAGGAAGAAGCGCCGUCGACCAAUUCAUCCCCGAUCGGAGUAGAACAAGAACCUCCAGUUGGAGCCAAGAACUACAGCACUAGGAACCAAUUGGCGGAAGAAAUAGAUGAAGUAGCAACGACGAACACGGUCAGGCGACGCGUUGUUGGAAGUACUUCUAAACAAGAACGUAGCAGUUCCGCUACAAAUAAUGAAAAAACCAAAAGUCCAAACUCCAGCAAGAACCAAGACGAGGAAAUAACGAGAAAACGGAUCGAGCAGUUAAAAUUGGAAAAGAAAAAGCAGGAAAUGGAGCUCAAUGAACUGAUUGCCGCAGAAGAGAAGAAAUUUUUGCAGAUGAAAAACAAUAAAACCGAUGUGACGACGACCGAUGAAGAGGACGCGAUGUCAACAUCAAAAAUUUCCGAUGGGCACAGCAAUUCCAGCACAACCACCGCCACGACCUCAGCGGGACUUAUUUCCAGCACUUCUUCCACAACGAAUACCAAGCUGAAAACGAAGCUUUUCGCUGGAAAAGAAGCAGCCAAUUCUACCAGUAAAACGUCCUCUAAAAGAACUUCUAGUGGCUUAGAGCAAUUUGAAUGGUUGAAAGACCACGACGCCGACGAUGAGGGUUCCGCGAACAAGGGUAAAAAACGAUCGAAGGAACAGAUGGCACUGGACGACUUUUUCGAACGCAGCAAACGGCAAUUCGACUGGGAGAAUUGCGAGCAUGAAGAUCCGGCGAUUCGGUCCGAGGCGCAAAAGGAACAGGACAAGAGAUUCUUGCUGUUGUUGUUCAUGUGCGCGGUGUUUUUCUUCCUGGUGGCGAUCGCCAUGUUUGCCCUGCACUUUACCUACGGGACGCGGCGCGGGCGGUAGGAGAACGCGUGUGACUGGGCAAGGCGGAACAGUCGGACUCGGGCGGGAUGCUUUUGUCGUGUGGGUUGUUCGGAAUGUGCAGUGAAGUGUUUUUUUCAAUGUGCUGCAACUGCUGGAUCUACUUAAUGGGAAGUAGUAUUGGACACCGGAAGGUGUAGUUUUUGGAACCCACCUGUCUGAAUCUGUUCAUGUCAUCGAAACCUAAAUUUUGCAAAUCAAGAAGUUGGCACAUAUGUUGCUGGAACUACGGCAACUAAAAUUUUGAUUUAUUUAUCCCGAAAUGCCAUGAAGCAAGGUCGUGGUCACAAAGUGAAAUAUUAGACAUCCUCUGAUACCGUCGUGUUUUAUUUUUUGCAUAGAAAAUACCACAACCCAUUAGAUGAAUGCAACAUGAAAACAAACCUCCGCACGCUUAAUACAUCAAUAAACAACAAAGCUGCUCGACAUGUUCCAUCAUCAACGUAUAAAAAGCGCACGCGUGCUGGUAAAUGGG